AUGACAAACACAACGAACCCACCAGAGUCCUAUGAAGCCCUUCCUUUCAAGACCAUAUCUAUUUCCCAUGUCCCAGAAGCCUCACCCACCGCUACCAAGGUAGUCAUCCUAAAAUUAAAUCGCCCGCGCCAGUUCAACGCCGCGACAGCGGAAAUGAUCGAAGAGAUAGUGGCGGCAUACCAAUACUUCGAUACCGAUGACCGCGUCAAAGCAGUAGUUGUAACAGGAUCAGGGCCAGCAUUCUGCGCUGGCGCUGACCUCCGAGUCGGGUUUUCUACACUGAUCGAUGAUCUGAAGAAGGAUCCCUCGAAGAUCGAGUCCCACAGAGACGGAGGCGGGCGAGUUGCCCUAGCAAUUCACAACUGCUCCAAGCCCACCGUAAUGGCCAUCAAUGGCCCCGCAGCAGGAUUCGGAAUCACCCUAACACUACCCGCAGCAAUCCGAGUAGCCUGCGCAAACUCCAAAAUCAGUUUCGCUUUCUCACGACGCGGACUAGCAAUGGAGGCCUGUAGCUCCUUUUUCCUGCCGAAGCUGGUGGGAAUGUCGCGUGCGCUGCACCUGGCGACGACCGGCGCAACUUAUACCGCAUCUGACCCAUUGCUGAGCAACCUCUUCUCGGAGGUAUUGCCAACUCCGGAGGAGACUGUUGCCUCGGCGGUUAGAAUUGCUGGAGAGAUUGCCGCGAGCACAUCUACUGUCAGUACAAAGGUGAUGCGUGAUUUGAUGUAUAGGGCUCCGGGGAGCGCGGAGGAAGCCCAUUUGUUGGAAUCGAAGGUGUUUCUUGGUAUGUUGAUGUCCCGAGAUAGCGCGGAGGGUAUGAAGAGUUUUGUGCAGAAGAGGAAUCCCGAGUUUAAGGGAACUAUGGGUCACGAUGCGCCUGUUGGUUGGCCGUGGUGGGAAGCCGUUGACGUUGCUUCGAAGGCUAAGCUGUAG